AGUCAGGGACUAGCUUGUUGACUAAGCAUCUCCUUAGCAACCGCCAAAAGUUACAACAAGUUCCAUAAUGCUUUGCGGCCUGUUUCCGGAAGUAAUAGGCCUCCAUUGGGUCAACGAAAGCUCAACGCAAUAAGUUUCAGUUUUCCAGAGAAGAUAUAGCCAUGCCGCCUGGGCCUGUUCAGAUUGUUCAGCCGGAGUCCAACAACAAGAACGAUGCGGCAGGAGAAGAAACCCCAGCCACUAAACCCAUCGUUGGGAUUAUUUAUCCACCUCCUGAGGUCCGAAACAUAGUUGACAAGACCGCCAGCUUUGUUGCCAGGAAUGGACCUGAGUUUGAAGCAAGAAUCCGUCAGAAUGAAAUCAACAAUCCCAAGUUUAAUUUCCUCAACCCCAAUGACCCCUACCAUGCCUACUACCGUCAUAAGGUCAAUGAAUUUAAGGAGGGCAAGGCGCAGGAACCUUCUGCAGCAGUGCCUAAAGUUAUGCAGCAGACCAUGCAGCAGUCCCAGCAGCUUCCUCAAAAAGUGAUCCAAGAGACAGUUGUUCCCAAAGAACCGCCGCCUGAGUUUGAGUUCAUUGCAGAUCCUCCAUCAAUCUCAGCAUUUGAUCUCGAUGUUGUUAAGCUCACUGCCCAGUUUGUUGCUCGCAAUGGCCGCCAGUUUCUCACUCAGCUCAUGCAGAAAGAACAGAGGAACUACCAGUUUGACUUUCUGCGGCCACAGCACAGCCUUUUCAACUACUUCACCAAACUGGUUGAGCAGUACACCAAGAUUCUGAUCCCUCCCAAAGGCCUGCUGACCAAACUGAAGAGAGAGGCUGAGAAUCCAAAAGAGGUUUUGGACCAGGUGAAGUACCGUGUCGAGUGGGCAAAGUUCCAGGAGCGUGAGAGGAAGAAGGAGGAGGAGGAAAGAGAGAAAGAACGGGUGGCAUAUGCUCAGAUUGACUGGCAUGACUUUGUAGUGGUCGAGACGGUGGACUUCCAGCCCAGCGAACAAGGCCACUUCCCCCCACCUACCACACCAGAGGAGCUUGGCGCUCGCAUCUUGAUCCAAGAGCGCUAUGAGAAGUACGGGGAGAGUGAGGAGGUGGAGAUGGAGGUGGAGAGUGAGGAUGAGGAUGAUGGUCGGGAGAAUCGGAACGAAGGCCAGCCCUCACAGCCAGAUCAAGAUACACAAGUGCAGGACAUGGAUGAGGGAUCUGAUGAUGAGGAUGAGGGUGUGAAGGCUCCACUGCCACCUGACAACCCUAUGCCACCCCCACUGCCUCCAACUCCUGACCAGGUUAUUAUUCGCAAAGACUACGACCCCAAAGCCUCCAAACCUCAGCCCUCAGUUGUCACUCAAGAUGAGUAUCUCAUCUCACCAAUCACUGGUGAGAAGAUCCCAGCCAGCAAGAUGCAAGAGCACAUGCGUAUUGGUCUGCUGGAUCCACGCUGGCUGGAGCAGAGGGACCGCAGCAUCAGAGAGAGGCAGACUGAAGAUGAAGUCUAUGCUCCUGGUUUGGAUAUCGAAAGCAGCCUGAAACAACUGGCCGAGAGGCGUACCGAUAUCUUUGGUGUGGAAGAGACGGCCAUCGGUAAGAAGAUUGGUGAAGAAGAAAUCCAAAAGCCAGAGGAGAAGGUUACCUGGGAUGGCCACUCGGGAAGCAUGGCUCGUACCCAGCAGGCGGCGCAGGCCAACAUCACCCUGCAAGAGCAGAUUGAAGCCAUUCACAAGGCCAAAGGACUGGUGGGAGAGGAUGACAAUAAGGAGAAAAUUGGCCCAAGCAAGCCCAGUGAAAUUCACCACCAGCCUCCCAUGCCCUCGUCUGCAGCCAUUUUACCCAAACCCAGUCCUCCAGUCACGGCAGUGCCUCGUCCACCCUCCUCUCUGGCACCUCCAGUACGUACCACUCUCCUGUCUACUGUACCUGUAAUUCCAAGACCACCGGUGGCGCCUGUGGUGCGCCUUGCACCAGGACAAGUUAUAACGCCAAUGCCUCCCAUGAUUCCUGCUCCUCGCAUCAAUGUGGUCCCAAUGCCACCAUCAGCACCUCACAUCAUGGCCCCCAGACCACCUCCCAUGGUCGUUCCAGCUGCCUUUGUCCCUGCUCCUCCAGCACCCCAACCACCGAGCUCUGCUCCUGCACCACCGUCCCACCCACCCCCACCUCAUGAGGACGAGCCAAUCAGCAAGAAGAUGAAGACUGAGGACAACCUCAUUCCAGAGGACGAGUUCCUUCGCAGAAAUAAGGGUCCUGUGGCCGUCAAAGUGCAGGUCCCCAACAUGCAGGACAAGACUGAAUGGAAGCUGAAUGGACAAGUGCUGAAUUUCACAGUCCCACUCACAGACCAGGUGUCUGUCAUUAAAGUCAAAAUCCAUGAAGCUACGGGCAUGCCAGCAGGAAAACAGAAGUUACAGUAUGAGGGCAUUUUCAUCAAGGAUUCCAACUCCCUGGCUUACUACAACAUGAGCAACGGUUCAAUCAUCCACUUGGCACUGAAGGAGAGAGGUGGAAGAAAGAAGUGAGCCAUGCAGGAAGAAGAAAAACAGAAAAACAUUUUACUCGUGCUUGUAUUGUCACUCAGUCUUGUUAUGUUAUGUUAGUCUAAUGACAGAUUUUCAGAAUUGUAUUGUGCUUUCCUUUCAUUUUUGUGUGAAGAGUUUAACAUUUUCUUAAAUGUUAUAACUCACAAUACCAAAUCAGUUAGACUAUACAAUGGCUGGCAGGCAUGGCUUCACACUAGCUCUUGAUAUGUUCAUGAUGAUACACUAUAUUGGUCCAUAAUGUGCAUCCAUUUAAAUAAAGGAAUAAAAACACAAAGAAA